CUUGGAAGGUGAUUUUGCUCAUCUGAAGGAAAGAAACUUAACCAGAAGUACGUCGAAUUCUGAAGUGAAAUUUGAAGAAUGAUUUUGCAGUGGCUAGUAGUAAUAACACUGUUCGUCCACAAAAGUUUGGCUUACAAUCUUCACAAUGAUAUUGACGGCAAUCGUCUUUGGCGCCGUCAGGAACCGGUCAUUGAACCUCAACCAGGCAGAAAUCACGAAGAAUGCAAGAGUGAUAUCAUUGUGUUGUGGGACAAUUCCGCAUCAAUCGGCUCUACAUAUUACCCGAAAGUGAAAAAUUUUCUGAAGAAACUUAUCACGAACAAAGAAUUCCGUGUUGGAAGAGAUGGCACCCGGUUAGGUUUCAUCACGUUCGCAGACGAAGCACACACGAAAAAACUGCUUGAUGUGGGAGAGAUUACGGAUCCAGCAAAGUUGACAGAGUGGCUGGAUAACCUGGAUUAUGAAAAAGAGCUAAUGGGCGAUCAAACAUUCACUGGUAAAGCGUUUGAACUUGCAAACAAGAUGUUUCAACAACCCAGCCCUAAGAAUGUCCGCCCUGAUGUACCUGACGUUAUCUUGUUGUUUACCGACGGCGCACCGAAUCCUGAGUUUCCAACUUCCAAAAGCGAGAGGCAAAAGAAGAUGGAUCAAAAAAGGAUCGCGGAUAAGUAUGCAUCGAUACUGAAAAACAAGAAUGUUAAAAUUGUUGGCAUCACAGGAGGAAAACCAGCGCAAGUUAGAAAAUUUAAGCCCUACGUUGAAGAUUGGGCUUCGUCACCAGAUGAUGUCUCUGAAUCAGAGUUAGACCACUUGGACGGAAUUGUUGAUAAAAUUGUCAAGGAUUCGUCGUGCAUAGCGCCCGCGAAAUUGCCAUGCCGGUGCGAGAAUUACCUUGUAGAACCUCAAUACAUCAAGCAAGGAAGUGAUGCAGUUGUGACUUGGUUACCGCCAUCCCUCAAAUGCCCGCAAGGAUCAAGUGCAGUGAUUCAAAAUACCAAAAUUACUCCGGAGGGAGCGAGACCAGGACAGAGAUUUCAGGCCGGGCCACACAAUAUCGUAUACGAGUUCACAUACGAGUUAAAUGGCAAUUCAAGGACCCAGAGUUGCAGUGUGGAUUUCAACGUUAUUAGCGGGGAAUUGUGUGGGAGGAAGAUAAUCGAUUCUGAAACCGAAGUUUGCUGCUGCGGCGAGACGCACCGUGCUAUGCCUGGGCACGAGUGUUGUGGCAUCGAGUACUAUUAUACGUCAACAGGAAAAUGCUGUGAUGAAAAACGCGGAAUCGUUGUGUGCAAAGAAGCCAAGUGUCCAGCAAUGUGACAUUUGCUAAUGAGUAAAGUAUAUUAGAAUCAAGAUGAUGUUGACUAUUUCUAUAGAUAUACGUUUUAAUAGAAAAUCCUUCAAUAUGACAACACUAAGUUUUCGCAUGAUGUAUUCUUUAUAUAUUGAUUUUGUUGGUAAAUCGAUGUUGACGAUUUCUAGAUAUAUAAGUUUUAGUAGAAAAUACCUGAAUAUGACACCACUGAGUUAAUUUUUGCACAAUGUUACAAUGCAUUUCUUAUAUGUUUCCUUUGGUUUAUAUAAAGUAUAAAGUACAGUAGACUAUCGGACUCCAAUCUAUGUUAACAAUAUAAAAUGGAUUUAGUCGUGAAUUGUAUAACAACGGCAUAAUCUAAAGAUAAAAAAUCAGUUCUGCAUGAUUUAUA